AUGAAAAUUGGUAGAAGAAAUAUCAGUAAUCUGGGAUAUGCAGAUGACACCAAUUUACAGGCAGAACAUAACCAUGAUUUGAAAAGGCUUCUGAUUAAAGUGAAAGAAGAAAGUGCCGAAGCAGGACUGCAUUUGAAGAUCAAUAAGACAAAAACCAUGAAUGCAGAAGAGAUACACAACUUUAACAUAGACAAUGAAGACAUUGAAAUUGUUGAAGAUUUUGUUUACCUUGAGAACAGACCUUCCAGUUUGGAAGCAGAACCACAUUGUCCCCUAGAUAUAUCGAGCCGCAGUGCCCCUUGUCAUGUGAGGGUACCGCCGCCAGAUGGCGAGGUGGAGGCCUUGAAGGACCAACCGGCAAGACCCAAAGCCCCGCUCUGGAUCCAUUGGCCAAUGGCGGUCCGACCCGAAGCCCAAGAAGUCAAGCGAGAAAAAAAGCCGAAUCGGGUAGAUAAAAUGGGACCCCGUACCCAGAGGACACGAAGACGAGAGCCAGGAAAUGGAGUUCAGCGUUCCAGGGAAGAGGAUGCAGAUGUACCCUGCUUAGAGAGGAUCUCCAGCACCGUCUCCCCUGGAGACUCACUUGUGCGCCAUGCAAAGGGCCUGGACCAGGAUACCUUCAAAAUUUGUAAAGAAUAUCUAAGGCCACUGAAAAAGUUUCUGCGGAAGUUACACCUGCCCAAGGACCUUCCCCAGAAGAAGAGGCUGAAGUACAUGAAGCAGAGCCUGGUGGUCCUAGGGGACCACAUCAACACCUUUCUGCAGCACUGCUGCCGAACCUGGGAAAUCAAGCACUGGAAGAAGAUGCUCUGGAGAUUUGUCUCCCUCUUCUCAGAGUUGGAGGCGAAGGAGCUGCGCAGGCUCUACAAGUACACCAAGAGCAAUCAGAACACCAAGCUCCUGGUGGCAUUCUGCCCCUUGGGCACUCCGGAGAGCUCCUUGCUGGCUGACCAAGAAGAUAGUCUGCCCAAGCUCUGCAGCGCCUGGGGGCUGCACGGCAACAUCAGCGGCAUGAAGGAGAGGCUGUCCAAGAUGCAGGCCCCAGGCUGCGAGGCCUCCCUGAGCGGGGAGCAGAGAUCCAGGAUCCAAGUCAGGACAGAUUCUUUAAGGAAACUUCCUCAACAACCAAAACUCAAGAGGAAGAGGAUUAAAGAAGCCCCAGAAACCCCAGAGACCUGCCCAUAAGAAGACUUGGCUGAGACAGAGGGCCAGCUAGCUCUGGGUCCCAGAGCACUUGUCUGUCUUCAACACCUCUGCACCUGGGGGGAUGGGGAUCCAUGAGGGGAAAGAAGAAAACUGUUUUUAUCAAAAAGAGACUCCGGUCUUAAUUAUACAUAA